UCAUUUUAUCCUGUGCCUUUUGCACACCAUCCAUAAAUGAGGCCGACAUAAACGUCAUUAAAACAAGUGAAGGCCUUUCUACGACAUCCGAUACCGCAAAAAAGUUUGUUCCGGUCCAAGAAUCUGAAGCCGUCUUUAUCGAUGGACUGAAUGCGGACCGAUUGGCUGCUCUGCGUGCGGAAGCGGAGGAGCGCGAGUUCCAGGCGGAGGUCAACCAAAUGAUGAAGUUGAUUAUCAAUUCCCUCUACAAGAACAAAGAGAUAUUCCUCAGGGAGCUUAUUUCAAACGCCUCAGAUGCCCUGGACAAAAUACGAUUGCUAUCCCUCACCGAUCGAGAAGCACUUCAAGCCACUGAAGAACUUAGUAUCCGUAUUAAGGCAAACAAGGAAGCUCGAACUCUGCACAUAAUCGAUACAGGGAUCGGAAUGAGCAAGGGCGAUCUCGCCAUUAACCUGGGAACCAUAGCCAAAUCGGGAACAGCAGACUUUCUUUCCAAGUGGACUUCGACUCAGUCAGGAGCAGAUGCGUCAGACCUUAUCGGCCAGUUUGGUGUCGGGUUCUAUUCUUCAUUCUUGGUCGGUAAGAAGGUCAUGGUUAUUUCCAAAAAGAACGGGUCCUCGCAGUACAUUUGGGAGUCAGAUGCAAAGAAGUUUCAUAUAGCUGAAGAUCCUCGUGGCGACACACUAAAACGUGGUACAGAAAUAAUCAUCUUUCUGAACGAUGAUGCUGAUGAUUAUCUGGAGCCUGAAACAUUGCAAACAUACAUCAAGAAAUACAGUCAAUUCAUUAACUUCCCAAUCUAUCUCUGGUCCAGUCAUGUGGAAAAAGUCAAUGUGACCCCUGGAGAACCUGAGGAAAAUCCGGCUGAUGAUGCUGACGCUAGCGUUGAAGAGGAGAAGAAAGAUACCGAGAAAACCACCGAAAAGACGGUUUGGGAUUGGGUUUUAAUGAAUGAACAAAAGCCGAUCUGGAAGAAAAAGCCGGCGGACAUCACAGAAGAAGAAUAUAGAAGUUUUUAUCAAGCUCUUAGUGGUGACAAAGACGAACCACUUGGAAGAAUCCAUUUUAAAGGCGAAGGUGAUGCUUCGUUUACUGCCAUACUGUUCAUCCCCAAGCGAUCACCUGGCGACGUAUUCAACGUUCAGUACAGUUACAAGGACAGAAUAAAACUAUAUGUUCACCGUGUUUUUAUAUCUGAUGUUGCUGAAGAUUUGCUGCCGAAAUAUCUGGGUUUCGUAGUGGGAAUUGUCGACAGUGAUGACCUACCGCUCAAUGUCUCUAGGGAGAUGCUCCAACAAAAUCAACUUAUUAAAGUUAUCCGGCGGAAGCUUAUACGGAAAGUUAUCGAGCUCAUUGGUAAACUAUCGGAAGAGGAUUACGAGAAAUUCUGGAAAGAAUUUAGCGUUCACAUGAAGCUGGGUAUGGUUGAAGAUCAAACCAACCGGGCAAGGUUAUCAAAACUUUUACGCUUCCGUACAUCCUUGAGUGGGGAGAAAAUGUCAAAUCUGACUGACUACGUUUCUCACAUGAAGAAGGACCAGGACAAGAUAUUUUAUCUGACGGCAUCAUCUUUAGUGGAAGCAAGGUCAUCCCCAUUUGUCGAGCGCCUUGUCAAAAAGGGAUAUGAGAUUGUAUACAUGAUCGAUCCCUUGGACGAGUUUAUGAUGCAGUCCUUCACGGAGUUCGAAAGCAAGCCACUACAAAAUGUCGCCAGAGAUGGCCUGUCAUUGGAUACAUCUGAAACCAAGAAAGCCUUGAGAGAACUUCAGCAGAAAGAGUUUGAGAGUUUGCUUAAGUGGAUGAAAGAAGAUGCCCUGAAAGACCAGAUUGAAAAAGCCGAGUUGUCUGAGCGCUUAUCAGAUAGCCCAUGUGCACUUGUGGCUGGGAGGUAUGGUUGGUCAGGUAAUAUGGAACGAAUAAUGAGAGCGCAGGCGCAUCAAAGAGGUGAUGAUUCGUCAGCCGAUUUCUACUCUAAAAUGCCAAAAACGAUGGAAUUAAAUCCGAGACAUCCGUUGGUGAAGGAGCUCAACACACGCGUCAAACACGAUGCCUCAGAUCCUGUCGCGAAGGAUACGGCGGAGCUCCUGUUCCACAUAGCAACUUUGCGUUCCGGGUAUGCCCUUAGGGACCCUGUUGAGUUUGCGCGUAAGGUCGAACUGGUCAUGCGCAAAAAUCUUGCGGUCGACGAGCAUGAAGAAGUGGAGCCAGAGCCAGAGGAAUCUGAAAGCCUUAGGGAAGAGAAACCAGUCACCGACGAAGAUGCAGAUGAGAAAGCUGGUUCGAUUAAUACCUCCGGACCGGACACCGACGAAUCACCAGCAAAAACACCGUCUGACGAGGAUAAGGAAAACUGUCCUACAUGUCGCCGUCUAUUGCAAUUACCAUCAAGUCAUCAGUUGAUUCAGGACCACUUUGGAGAGGAUCUAUACGAUGAUGACAAGGAAUCAGAAGAUGACAAAGAAGAUUCAGGUCUGGAGGUAGUAGGCACCCGAAAAUUGUUGGCUGUGAAGCCGACUGUACAAACGAAAAAGUCUAAAGCUACAAACACUCCUGCGCCUUCAAAGAAGUCUAACGGAAAACAGACGGUAGCCAAGAAAACAAAACAGGCAUUUGCUAAAAAGAAGACACUUGAUGCUCUCAAACAGAAACCAGUUGCUCUUUCAAUAAAGGCCAUCCAUAGUAAAAUUGCUGAGAAGAAACACCAGCCAUCCGACGACUUGAGCUUGCACCACUUUUCAUCACUCCGCGAAAGAACUACACCAGCUCCUAAGAAGAAGCACAUCCGUGUGGUGGGCACUAUCAACGAUCAUGACUGUGACGGGAUUCCAGACGAUAUUGAUGAGGAUAUUGACAAUGAUGGCCUUCUGGAUCGCACUCAGGAUUCUGACUGGGACGGAGAACUCAAUCACGUAGACCUGGAUGAUGACAAUGAUGGGAUUCCUGAUACAGAGGAUGAUGACGCCAAUGGAGAUGGGAUCCUCGACUGCAGAGUGGACACUUCUGACCAUGCAUUCGUAGUCAGAUUUAAGACAAAGAAGCGAUCAGCCGAUAGUGACAUGGAUGGUAUCCCUGACGAGGUGGACGGAGAUGACGAUGAUGACGGCAUCCCGGACAUGCUGGAAGACGAAGAUGGAGAUCAAAUUCCUGAUCUUUUCAAAUUGACAUUGAAAGACAUCGAAUCUGAAAAAGACCUUCAUGAGCUUACCAAACGUAUGUCACGCUAUGGUUGGCACGAUCACGAUUGUGACGGCAUUCCCGAUGAUUUGGAUCCAGACGAUGAUAAUGAUGGGUUCUUCGACAACAAGCAAGACAGCGAUCGAGAUGGGAUUCUAAACGAGUGGGAUGAGGAUGACGACAACGAUGGCAUUCCAGACAGUGAAGAUCCAGAUUCGAAUGGUGAUGGUAUCCCCGACUGUAUCAUCAAGGAUAGUGAUGGCGAUCUUAUUCCCGACCACAUUGAUACUGAUGAUGAUAAUGAUGGUAUCCCGGAUUUGCAUGACCCUGACCAUCCCGCAUACAACUACUUCAAAGAUUCCGAUAACGAUGGCGUUCCUGAUGUUUUGGAUAAGGAUGACGACAAUGACGGAAUUCCCGACCAUAACGACCAGGAUGCAGAUGGUGAUGGAACCCAUGACCUAUUCCAAGAUGUUGACAAUGAUGGUGUUCCUGACAGUAUAGACGAUGAUAUGGACAAUGACGGCAUACCAGAUCAUCUACAGGAUCACGAUUGUGAUGGAAUUCCGGACAUAAUUGAUCCUGAUGAUGAUAAUGAUGGCUAUUUCGACAACAAGCAGGACAGUGACAACGAUGGAAUAUUGAACGAAUGGGACGAUGACGAUGACAAUGAUGGAAUUCCAGACAAAGAUGAUCCAGACUCCAACGGCGAUGGCAUAAUAGACUGUCAGCCGAAAGAUUCCGAUGGUGACGGAAUUCCUGACCACCUAGACGAUGACGAUGAUAAUGAUGGUGUUCCGGAUCACCGUGAUCCAGACUCGUUGUCCUUCCUACUUUACAAGCACAAACGCUAUUUGGAAGCCAUUCCAGCCGAACUCGCACGCAACCAGGCCAAUUUAUUGAAUGUUGACUUGGGUGAUCCAAACGAUAAGGACUGUGAUGGAAUUCCCGACCAUUUGGACAACGACCAAGAUAAUGAUGGUAAGAUCGAUCGGACACAGGAUUCCGACAUGGACGGCAUAUUAAACCACGUGGACGAAGAUGACGAUAACGAUGGCAUACCCGAUCACCUCGAUCCUGAUGCCAACGGUGAUGGAAUACCAGAUUGCCGGCGUGAUGAUGAGCUUCAUUAUAAACUGGUCAGAUCACCUUCUGGUCUGGUGAAGAAGGUGAUCCGCAUACGGAAACCCACUCAAGAAGAACAACAUAUCGCAUUUAUGGUCGGGGAGGCAAAACGCAAACUGAUCAAAAUGCGGAAUAAAAUGAACAGUCCACCAACUCGUGGCCCUUUACAGACGACACCAGCCCCGCCAGUUCAAUCACCAGGUGAACGAGAAGAGGAACAGAAGGUCGAAAAACUCAGGCCUCACAAUCCAAAGACUGUCUCUAAUGCGAAGAAACAACCCAGCCAUCCAGGUCUCAAUACAAUUGACAAAAUCAACUCAAAAAAGUCCGAGAAAUCUUACAUGAAGAUAGAGUCUAAGCACGGAAGGAAGCUGGUCACGUAUACCCUGGAAAAUGACGAUGAAGAGUUCCCACCAUAUAUUCAUCAAGAUAAUGUGAAAGAUUCUGAUGAAAAUCUUGAGGACGAUAUGGUAGAUUUCGUUUCUGAAUCAGAAGAACAGCCAAGUGGAAGCUUCUUAUUCUCUGGGGCAAUGGCAGCCGACGCCCAAGCCAUUAGAAUGGUGGCAGCGCAGAAAGCUAAGUUGGAAGCGGGACUCAAGAAGGCAAAACCUGAUACUACCUCAAAAAAGUCUGCGAAACCCGGAAUAAACCCAACCAAGUUGACAACGGGAACUUGCAAUGCCAAGAAUUGUCAUGCGGAGCUCGCAAAAGACACCAGUGGCAUCCGCGCAGCUGUGCGAGCCAACAAAAGAGUUUUACGGAACAAACUCACUCCAACCAAGCUAGUUGAAGAUAACGAUGACGACGAAGAUAAGGGUGCGGAAGUGGAAGACGAAGAUGAUAGUGAUAAAGACGAUGGCGGUGAUGACUAUGAUGAAGAUGAAGAUGAUGAUGGUAUUCCCGAUCAUUUGGAGGGGGAUUCCGAUGGCGAUGGAAUCCCAGACUACAUGGAAGAUGAAGACGGUGACGGUGUGCCAGACUACCUAGAGGACGAAGAUGGAGAUGGAGUACCCGACUAUUUGGACGAUGACUCAAACUACAUACGCGGUAAGUUAAGUGGAGACGCGGACGGAGAUGGUAUUCCAGAUCAUCUGGAAAUUGAUUCGGAUGGAGAUGGUGUACCGGACUAUCUUGAGGACUCAGACGGUGACGGAAUACCUGACUAUUUGGAGGAUUCCGACGGUGACGGAAUUCCUGACUACCUGGAUCCAGAUAGUAAGUCGCACUUCAGUCCCAGAAAGGUUAGAAAGCAUGCAAAGAAGCAUCAUUUAGACUAUGACUUAGAUCAUGAUGGCAUACCUGAUUUUCUUGAGGGAGAUUCGGAUGGGAACGGGGUUCCUGAUUACUUAGAAGACACCGAUGGGGAUGGAGUUCCAGAUUAUCUAGAAGACUCAGAUGGUGAUGGUGUUCCUGACUAUCAAGACGAGGACGCAACAACUAAAUUCUCAGCCAAGAGGAUGCGGGCGUUGAAAGGAAGGCUAAAGUCGGGUGAUGCGGAUGGUGAUGGAAUACCGGAUCAUCUUCAAGGUGACUCAGAUGGCGAUGGGAUUCCAGACUAUCAGGAAGACAGUGACGGCGAUGGAAUACCCGAUUACCUGGAAGAUUCUGAUGGAGACGGAAUCCCUGACUACAUUGACGAUGAUGCCACAACACAAUUCGCCCCAAAAGUUCUGGAAAAAGUGGCAGAGUUAAAGAAAAAAGACGACAAAGAUGGAGACGGGAUUCCAGAUUAUCUGGAAGGUGAUUCUGAUGGCGACGGUAUACCAGAUUAUCUCGAGGAUACAGAUGGGGAUGGAAUCCCAGACUACCUGGAAGAUUCUGACGGUGAUGGAAUACCUGAUUACCUAGAUGAAGACUCAGUUCUUCGGAAGUCAAAAUCCAUUUUCAAGAUUGAGGAUAAAAAUAAAAACGGUAUACCCGAUCACCUCGAACGUGAUUCGGACUACGACGGUACGCCGGACUACUUAGAAGACACGGACAGAGACGGUAUUCCAGAUUACCUGGAGGAUUCCGAUGGAGAUGGGAUACCGGAUUACCUGGACGAAGAUGCUACUACCCAGUUUUCUCCGAAAAAGAUCCGUGGAAGAGCUACAGGCAAAAAAUUUGCAGACGCUGACAGGGAUGGAAUCCCAGACCAUUUGGAAGGUGAUUUCGAUAGAAACGGAAUUCCAGAUUAUUUAGAAGAUUCAGACGGUGAUCAGAUUCCAGACUAUUUAGAAGAUUCAGAUAAUGACGGCAUUCCUGACUAUCUAGAUGAAGACGCAACCACAAUAUUUGCUCCGAGAAUAAUGCGUAAGCUUAGACCACAGCGAAACUACGCAGAUGUUGAUGGAGACGGUAUACCGGACCAUUUGGAGGAGGACAACGAUGGUGAUGGUACGCCAGACUAUCUAGAGGAUAGUGACUCUGACGGUAUACCAGAUUAUUUAGAGGAUACUGAUGGCGACGGGAUUCCAGAUUAUAUUGACGAAGAUGCGACAACGCAGUUUUCACCCAGGGGCUUUCGUAGACUCAAACUUACUACUCGCUUUGAAGAUACUGACGGUGACGGCAUUCCGGACCACUUGCAGGGUGAUUCUGAUGGGGACGGUGUAUUGGAUUUUCUUGAAGACAGUGACGGCGAUGGAAUACCAGAUUACUUGGAGGAUUCUGAUGGAGACGGAGUCCCAGACUAUCUGGAUGAAGAUGCUGUCAGUCAGUUCUCUCCAAAACACUUCACCGACAAAAAUCGAGAUGGCAUUCCAGAUAGUCUGGAGGGUGAUUCCGAUGGAGAUGGAAUACCAGAUUAUCUGGAAGAUACAGAUGGUGACGGAAUUCCUGAUUACUUAGAAGACUCCGACGGUGACGGAAUUCCAAAUUAUCUUGACAAAGAUGUCGUGGACGUCGAAACUGAAGCCGUUCUAGAAGCGUAUGAUGCUGACAUCAAUAGGAAUGGCAUACCUGACUAUUUGGAAGACUGGAAUGGUGAUGGAAUCCCCAACUACAUGGACGAUCAAGACGGUGAUGGAAUCGCAGACUUCUUGGACAAGGAGAAUAAUCAAUUGAACCAAAAGAAACGAAAGCAAAAAGAACCCAAAAGUCGGCUAAGAUAUUCCGAUCUCAAUGAAAAUGGCAUUCCAGAUCAACUAGAAGGUGAUUCCGAUGGAGAUGGUGUACUUGAUUACAUGCAAGAUACAGAUAAAGAUGGCAUUCCAGACUACCUGGACGAUGACGAUCCAAACGCUAAAUUUCGUAAACCACCUGGUAAAUCUAAACAGAAGAGGGUGAAAAAGUCUAAGAGGAAUCUUUCCGUUAGGCUGCGAGAUCUCGAUUCCGAUGGUGGUAGAAUUCCAGAUGAUGAGGAGGACGCAGAUGGUGACGGAAUCCCAGACUAUUUGGAAAGCGAUGCUGACGGUGAUGGAAUCCCUGAUGACAGAACAAAAGUCGUAGAUCGAAACAGAAACGGGAUUCCUGAUCAUCUGGAACUAAAAGACCGUGAUGGGGAUGGAAUUGUUGAUCUAGAUGACGAUGACGAUGAUAACGAUGGCAUUCCUGACGCCGAAGAUGACGAUGAUGACAAUGACGGAAUUAAAGAUUAUGAGGAAGACGAGAACCACAAUCAAAAGUUGGAUAUUCUUGAGGGGAAAGAUAGUGACGGAGAUGGGAUACCUGACUACUUGGAUGACGAUGAUGACAAUGAUGGUAUUCCAGACCACAUGGAUGACGACGAUGAUGACGACGGAUUGUCCGAUAACAUGGAAGAUGAAAAUCAAAAUGCUAUUCCGGAUUAUCUGGAAUUGAAAGACAGCGAUGGCGAUGGAAUUUUGGAUCUUGUCGAUACCGAUGAUGAUAAUGACAACAUUCCUGACUACCUGGAUGAAGAUGACGAUGGUGAUGGAGUUCCCGAUGAUGAAGAGGAUGAGAAUGAAAACAAUAUUCCGGAUAUUUUGGAACUGCGUUACAAAGAAAAAGAUUUGAUAAGACACCAACUGAGGGAACACCUGCCAAGGAAAUUUGCAAAAUCAGCGGUAGUAGCGCGAAAUGGUGCAUCAAUCAACGAUGACGACGACGAUCAUGAAGACGGUGAUGAGACUGAUGGCGACGAUGAAGACCACGGUGAUACAGAAGACAAGGACGGAUACGACGAUGAUGAUGACAGUGGAAUAGAGGACGACCAACACCCUCCCUCAUUGCUGCGUACCCAAGUUAACCGCGUUCUCCGGUGGAUCGAAAACGUCGUUGGUGUGGAAAAUUCAGAUUAGCCUUGCAAAAUUGUCACUGCAUGUGUACUUUGUUAUCUUUCCAUCCCAUUGUGCCCAGAAUAGUUUACGGACUGAAACGUUGUUGGUCGAACAUAGAUUAGUGCAUAGCUUGAUUCUUUUGAGGAGAAAUACGAAAGGAUGGAAAAUUCAGAAAAAGCAAAGAGUGGUUAGGAGAAUUCCUUCUCUCCGGUUAUUUUGCCUAAUCAAAAGGCAUUCGUUCUUCCCUCUACCAUAUCCUGUCUCUCUUCUCUCCAUGAUAAAAAACGUCCGCUCCUCUUCCCAUAAAAGUUAAUUCCCCAAGACCAAAACUCCCCCUUUCACCGAUUCACUCCUUAUUCCUCCGUUCAUUUCGGUUGUAGUAAAGUGUAGUAAGUCCGUCCUUCAUGUUCUCACUUCUUUCCUGAACACCAACAGUACUGCCUUGUUUGCCGUCAUCAAGUCAACUUUGAGCCCAAUAUUUUUGCCUUACGUUGUCAAUAACGAGGGGAUUUAUUAGGCAGUGGGAUUGAAAUGAGGAGUCUACGUUCGGACAAAGUACUGCUGGUCUGCUACCCAAUAAUCCAAUGUUGCCUGAAGACUUGCUGCAUCAACGUUGACACUUCAGUCGAUAAGUACUAGUUUUAGCGGUGUGUGUGAAAUUUGCGUUCACAUCCCUCUCUUUUGAGCACUUUUCUGCCUGUCCUGGCGGAACUAUCGUAGCCAGCCAAAUAAAA